CACGACGAGCGAUGGGGAGGCCGAGCAGGGGGCGGCAGCGCAUCGAGAUCCGCCGCAUCGAGGAAGGCGGCCGGCUGCAGGUGACCUUCUCGAAGCGCAAGUCCGGCCUGCAAAAGAAGGCCGCCGAGCUCUCCCUGCUCUGCGGCUCGCCGGUCGCCGUCAUCGUCUUCUCCCCCGGCAGGAAGGUGUUCGCGCUGGGCAGUCCCUCGGUCGACCACGUCCUCCGCCGCCACGCUCCUCCGAUCCCCAGCGAAGGAGAGGAGGACGGGCUCCUUCCGGCGCUCCAGGACGGAGACGUGAUGAGCAGCAGCGCUAUCGCUGACCGCGCGGAGGUGGAGAACAUCGUGCGGCGUACGGAGGAGACCAAGGCGCGUUCGGUGGCGGAGAAGGCGCGGAUGGACGCCGUCGGGAAGGCCGUGAGGCAGGCCGCGGCAAAGGCCGGAAGGAGGUUCUGGUGGGAGGCGGACUCCGGCGUGCUCGGGGACGCUGAGCUGCCAGGAUUCGCCAAGGCGCUCCGUCGGCUCAGGCCUCAGGGUCAACCUGCAGCGCCAUUUGGACUCGCUGUCGGCUUCUGCUAAUAAGAAACUGCAGUAGGAGCGGCUGUGCAAAACUGGCUCAUUUCAUUUGGUGUUGCUUAUGCCCACUUAGGAUAGUGUUAUUGACUACUUACAAAAAAAAAUAUCAAACAUCUUUUUGAACGAUUUAGGCAUUUUCAAAUUUAUUUUCUCUACCUGUACUAAGUGAAGAGUAUUUUGAAUGAUUUAAGCCUUCUCC